GGAUCGCCUCGAAUAGGAAAUAAAAUCCCGGCCCUCGGAAGUUGACGGUCGAGCCACAUGGUUUUGACAGCACAACUUACAAGCACCUACGUCAGUACAAAAGAUUUUUUUCCCCAAGCAUAUGAUGUGCCCCCAACGGUGAGUGAGGAUCGAUCAUUAUCGCCAAUGGCUGAAGGCGCCCUGGCGUCACCGCGAAAACGGACACCACCAUGAGGAAGCCGGCAUCUCACUAGUGAGCAAUGGCACCAUGCAAGCUGACAGGCGCGUCGAUCCUUGACCUCGGCAUGGCAACGUGUAAGUCACUACUGCAUGGACUGGCAGAGACUAUAAGAUGUCAUUGCCUUGUCCAACAAGUGUAACGCCCUUGACGUCUCGCUCCAUCGCCAGACAUUCAGACUUGAGUUCCACACAUAUUCACUGCCACCAUGGUUCGUCGCAAUUAUGCCCACGUUGUCGACGUGGCUUUCUGGGAUUACAUGACACGCAUCGUGCAGACGAUACUUGCACUUGUCUUGGUCAUCCUCUCGGCGUGGCUGGUCGUGUUUGUCAACACCUGGCCCGACCGUCUAUCCCUAUUUACAGCUGCCUGGGACCUGACGAUUCUGGGCUACUACAACAUCGCAGUGCACGGGCUGCCAUUCAUCUACAACUGGGCCGCCCUCGUCGUCACUGAGAGUCUAACGCUGGUCUUCUGGGCUGUCUCGUUCAGCUCGGUGGCCGCGUACUACGCCUAUGAUAAAUACGACGGACGACUGAAUGAGAAGAUUGUCAUUGCCGUCAUAGCAUUGAGUGCAUUUGCAUUUGUAUUGCACCUCGCAACGUGUUGCAUGUUCGCACGGGCGGUUCACAAGCAUCGACAAGCCGGCAAGCCACUGUUCAGCCCGCAGGGCAAAGUGGCAUCGCCAUCAGAGGUGUAGGCAGGGAAGAUCAACGGCCAAGAAAAGGAAUUCUACGAAUAAUGAUGAUGUUGUAAUGGGAGGAUGGCACAAUUGGAUACCAAAUAUUGAACAAGCAGAUCACAUAAGUCAACUUAAUACCGGUAAUUAUAC